GGGGAUUCCAGGUAGAGCAGCGCUUUUCCCCCUUCCUCCCUCGGCCUCUCUGCCUCCAGCUUUGAACUUGGCUGUUGCGCCCAGAGGCUCCUGCUGAGCUGGGCGAGUUGGAGUUGGUGGAGGUGGUGGAGGCCCGAGGUGAUGUCUGGGAGCCCUCCCUUCACAGCCCGAGCCGAGAGUCCCUGCAGGAGGCAUCACCCAGGCUGGCAGAUCAUGGUGACAGUAGCGAGGGGUGGCUGGGAAGUGGAACGGAGCCAGCAGCUGAAGAGGGGCCCUAGCAGCCCCCAAAGGCCCUAUCAGGACAUGGAGUAUGAAAGUUGGGGUGGUCGUGGGGACGGGACCCGCCGCUACGGAGCCGCCGACCGUUCCCAGGACGACAGCGAGGAGAACCGCAGCCGGGACCAGGACUACCGAGACUUGGACUACCGCUGCCCGUACCCCCGCGAGUACGGGAGCCAGGAGGGCAAGCACGACUACGACUGCCAGUAUUACUACGACAACUUCGUCGAGUUUAGUCACUUGCAGGACGCUACGCGAUGGAUGGAAGCUAAUCAGCACUCACUGAGCAUCCCAGGCCAGAAGGUGCCCAUGCACUACAGCGACCCCAAGCCCAAGAUCAACGAGGACUGGCCGUGUAGCAAGUGUGGCGUCCAGAACUUCAAACGCCGGGAGAAGUGCUUCAGAUGUGGUGUGCCCAAGUCAGAGGCAGAGCAGAAGAUGCCCCUGGGUGCCAGGCUGGAUCAGCAGACGCUGCCGCUGGGUGGACGGGAGCUGAGCCAAGGCCUGCUCCCCUUGCCGCAGCCCUACCAGGCCCUGUCCCCCCAGUCCCUGUCCCAGAGCUCUGAGAACGCCAACGACACCAUCAUUCUGCGCAACCUGAACCCACACAGCACCAAGGACUCCAUCCUUGGGGCCCUGGCACCCUAUGCAGUGCUCUCCUCCUCCAACGUCUGCGUCAUCAAGGACAAGCAGACACAGCUGAACCGCGGCUUCGCCUUCAUCCAGCUCUCCACCAUCGAGGCAGCUCAGCUGCUACAGAUCCUGCAGGCCCUGCACCCACCGCUCACCAUCGACGGCAAGACCAUCCACGCUGAGUUUGCAAAGGGUUCUAAGAGGGGCACGGCCUCCAACGAAGGCAGCCGAAUCAAGGCUGCCUCUGUGGCCAGCACUGCCAUUGCUGCGGCCCAGUGGGCCGUCUCCCAGGCCUCCCAGGGUGGGGAGGGUGCCUGGGCCACCCCCGAAGAGUCAUCGGUCGACUACAGCUACUAUCAACAGGACGAGGGCUAUGGCGGAAGCCAGGGCACAGAGUCCUCCCUCUAUGCCCAUGGCUACCUCAAGGGUCCUGGCAUGACUGGAAGCAAAGGGGACGCAGCUGGAGCGGGUGCCGAGGCCUCCCUGGAGCCCGGAGCAGACUCUGUGUGGCUGCAGGCUUUCGCGCCCACCCCAGCUGGUGACACCCCUACCAUGUACCAGCCGUCGGCACCCGAGGCCAGCGGUAGCCAGAGCGCUGCUGCCAACAGCCAGUCAUACACCGUCACAUCACCUGCUGUGCUCAGUUCUGAACUCCAGAACCCCAUCCCCCACAGCUCUGCCCUGCCGCCAGCCACCAGCCCCACUGCCCAGGAGUCCUACAGCCAGUACCCUGCUCCCAACGUCUCCACCUGCCAGUACGACGAGACAUCCCGCUACUACUAUGAUCCUCAGAACGGCCUCUACUACGAUCCCAAUUCCCGGUAUUACUACAAUGCUCAGAGCCAGCAGUACCUGUCCUGGGAUGGCGAGAGGCGGACCUACGUCCCCGCCCUGGAGCAGUCAGCCGACGACAAGCAUAAGGAGGUGGGGGCGCCCUCCAAGGAGGGCAAAGAGAAGAAGGAGAAGGACAAGACCAAGACGGCCCAGCAGGUCGCCAAGGACAUGGAGCGCUGGGCCCACAGUCUCAACAAGCAGAAAGAGAACUUCAAAAACAGCAUCCAGCCUAUCAGCUCCCUGCGGGACGACGAGAGGCGGGGGUCAGCCACCGCGGAUGCCGGCUAUGCCAUCCUGGAGAAGGGAGCACUCGCCCAGAGGCAGCACACCAGCGUGGCCCUCCCGAAACUGGCCAGCGACAACGACGACAAAGACCGCCCAAGCCCACCCCGCGGCUUGGUGGCAGCCUACUGUGGGGAGAGUGACAGCGAGGAGCAGCAGGAGCAGCAGGAGCAAGAAGAGAAGCUCACGGACUGGCAGAAGCUGGCCUGCCUGCUCUGCCGGCGCCAGUUCCCCAGCAAGGAGGCGCUCAUCCGACACCAGCAGCUCUCCGGGCUCCACAAGCAAAACCUUGAGAUCCGCCAGCGAGUGCUCCUUGAGAAGAAUGACAUGAAGCAAACGAAGUACCGGGACCAGGCAGCAGAGCGCAGAGAGAAGUAUGGCAUCCCUGAGGCACCAGAGCCCAAGAGGAGGAAGUACGGGGGCGCGCCUGCCGUCUCUGUAGACUUUGAGCAGCCCACGCAGCACGGUCUGGGCAGUGACAACAUCGGCAGUCGCAUGCUCCGAGCCAUGGGCUGGAAAGAGGGCAGUGGCCUGGGUAGCAAGCAACAGGGUAUUGUGACACCCAUUGAGGUCCAGACACAGGUGCUGGGCUCCGGUUUGGGUGCCCAAGGCAGCUCCUACAGGAUCACCUCCAGGAAGUCCUACAAGAAAACACUGCACAAGACAACGGUGACCCGUGUUCACGAGGACCAGUGAGGACCAGUGAGCGCUCCUUUUCCAUCUGCUCCUGCCAGCCUGGGACAAGAAGAAUGAACUGUCUGCUGUUCUGAGCAGGGCCCUGCGCCUGUCCACCAGCCCACUCCCCAGACAGACAGGCCGUGGCCACGUCCAGACUUUGAGUUGGUGACUUGUUGGAAAACUGGACUAGGAUCAAGUUCUUUUUAUAAUAAAAGCUGAAAAGUCAAAAAAAA